ACUUCCGGCCCUGUGCUCGCAGCCUCGCGGUUUACUUCCGCCCAAAAGUUUGUGCAGAGGUUUCAGGGCAGCGUUAGUGGGCAGAUUACACGUCGGUGGACCCCUCCGGAUUGAAUGAAAACAAGGACCACAAUGCUGAGUGUGAGCAGCAGGACUGACUGGAGCCAGGAUGGUGACUUCAAUUCCCAGGCACAGAUGGAUUUCUGUCCCCGGUUCCAUGCCUACUACAACUAUACAUGUGUUAGGGAGUGUGAUACAAGUGAUCAUCAGCUCUCAGUGGAGACCUAUGAGGGGCCCAGAAUGGGCAAUGAGUUGUCAGCAACUCCACUCUUUACAUUGUUUGGUUACCUGUGGCUGGAACAGGAAUUAGCCUUUAAAAGGAAGGGAAUUUUGACAUAUAAUUACAACACAAAUGAAACCUUUUGUUGAGUAAGGUAUGCUAGUCAUAAAAGACAAAUGCUGUCUAUUUCUCCAUACAGCUGUCUCUAGGGUAGUAAAAUGUAUAGAGGCCGAAAGCAGAACACUGGGCAUCCUAGCCUAGGAAGAUGAAUGAAGAGAGAGUGGACUUUCCUACUGGGAAGCAUGAGAAGAGUUUCUGUUUGGGAAAUGAGGCAGUUCUUCAGAUGGAUGGUGGCAAUGGAUUCCCAACACUGUGAAGAGACUCAUGUCACUGAGCCAGGCACUGAAGAAUGGACAGAAGGGCUAAUAACGGAGUCAGAUGGGCAAGACUUCACAGAGGAAACAAUGUGACUGUGAGAACCCAUCAAAGCCUUGUUUAAGUACCUCAAUCCCCUUGAGGAUGUCUAGUUAUACAUUCAAGAGGCCAGUCACUAAAAUCACAUCCCAUCUGGGCAAUGAGGUAAGAUACUAUCAGUGGGAGGAGACCUUGGAGAAGCCGGAACAAGCCUGCUGGCAGAAGAGACUUCAAGGACUCCAGGCCUACAGCAGUUCAGGAGAAGUUUUGAGCACUUCAGACCUUGCCAAGGCUUUGAAAGACCUUACACCUAAAGACACAGAUGCCUCUACUUCAGAUACUCAAGCCACCAGCAUUGACCCCAGACCAAUGCCUAUCCUUGAGUCAUCUUCACAUUUGGCAAAGAUGAUUCCAGAAGCAGGCCCACAGAUCCUUUGCAAAGAAUUUCUGGUCACCGAACAGGAUAUUAUCAACCAGGAAAGGAAAGUGAAAAUAGCAAGAGAAAGACUGGCAGUGGCGGUGAUUGCACACAAGCUAGCAAAUGAGGUGGAGAAAGUGAGGGGAUCAAGAAAGGGAAACUUAUAAUGGGGGGCGAGGCUGGGGAGAAGAUACUGCAGAUGAAAUGGGGCAUGGCCUUGUUUAACACCUCUUUGCAGUAUCUCUUGCUGUUGAUUUGAGACCUUGAAACUUUAAACUUAAAAAUACCUUAUUAAAAGUCUUUGUGCAAUGCAAAAAA